AGAGGAUGCUCCUGGUGCCGGCACGGGAUGCUCGGGCAGUAUUGUGAGCAGACUCUGGGGAAGGAUGUGAAGGCUGCGAUGCUGUUUAAAGGAGUUUUCCAAGAGAGAGUUGCAGGCUUGGGAACGGCUUCCCCUUCCCGUGAAGUAUAGAGGUGGAUGCACAGUGCUCCCAGGCACACUGAGCACCAGGGUUGGGGGGACCCAGAUGUUUCAUCCCUUUGCUGGGUCCCUAAAGCUCAGUGAUCCCAGCAAUGAUUGGAAAAACGUGACUCCACUGGAAGGGUGAGAACAAACCCACGAUACGGGAGAUUUCUGGACACCAUCCUAAUCUGACAUCUCUGAGCUAAAUGAAUCAGCAGCGUCUUAUUCCAGCCAGCAGGAUUAAUCAGUGUUCGACCAGGCUCUGGGAAAGCGAGGACAACCCCCCGGCUCUGGAGCCAGGACUUCAAGAUGGGGAGAACCGGCUCCUGAGGAGAAUCCCUGCAGAAGGCGGCCAACCACGAUGGGCUCAGUGGGAGCCGAGCGCUUCAAGGAGCUGAGCCCGGCGGGGACGCCGGAGGGGAACGUGGUGAUGAGCUUCAGCUUCGACAGCUACCAGCUGGAGGAGGACGAGCUGCAGCGGGGCAGCCAGGCCAAGGGCGUCCUCACCUUCAUGGAGCCGGUUUCUGAGGAUCCUGAGCCCCAGGAUCGCUACCAUGGGAUUUACUUCGCCAUGCUGCUGGCUGGGGUGGGAUUUCUUCUGCCGUACAACAGCUUUAUCACCGAUGUGGACUACCUGCACCACAAAUACCCAGGGACCUCCAUUGUCUUUGACAUGAGCCUCACCUACAUCCUGGUGGCCUUGGUGGCCGUCAUCCUCAACAACGCGCUGGUGGAGCUGCUGAGCUUGCACACCCGGAUCUCCGUGGGUUAUCUCUUCGCCCUGGGGCCUCUGCUCUUCGUCAGCAUCUGCGAUGUCUGGCUGGAGCUCUUCACCCGCAGGCAAGCCUACGCCAUCAACCUGGUGGCUGUUGGGGUGGUGGCCUUUGGAUGCACAGUGCAGCAAUCCAGCUUCUACGGCUACACGGGGCUGCUGCCCAAGCGCUACACACAGGGCGUGAUGACGGGCGAGAGCACCGCUGGGGUCAUCAUCUCACUCAGCCGCAUCUUCACCAAGCUGCUGCUGUCAGACGAGAAGGAGAACACGGUCAUCUUCUUCUUCAUCUCCAUCAGCAUGGAGCUGACGUGCUUCAUCCUCCACCUCCUGGUGAAGCGCACCCGCUUCGUCCGCUAUCACACCGCCUGCUCCCGCAAGGGUGACCCCGAGACCCGGGGGGCCGGUGACUGCGGGACGGGUUACCGCGUCCACCACGAUGUCACUGCCGAGGAUGUCCACUUUGAGAACCGGUCCCGGGGACAGCCCAGCUCCCCGCGGGGCAGCCCAGGCCCCGAAGCCGAGCUGGCUGGCAGUGGCACCUACAUGCGCUUUGAUGUCCCUCGGCCCAAAAUCAAGAGGAGCUGGCCCAGCUUCAGAGACAUGCUGCUCCACCGCUACGUCGUGUCCCGGCUCAUCUGGGCCUACAUGCUCUCCAUCGCCAUGACCUACUUCAUCACGCUGUGCCUCUUUCCCGGCCUGGAGUCGGAGAUCCACAACUGCACGCUGGGGGAAUGGCUCCCCAUCCUCAUCAUGGCCAUCUUCAACCUCUCUGACUUUGUCGGCAAGAUCCUGGCUGCCCUGCCCUACGACUGGAGGGGGACCCACCUUCUCAUCUACUCCUGCCUCCGCGUGGUCUUCAUCCCCCUCUUCAUCAUGUGCGUCUACCCCAACGGGAAGCCCACGUUUGGCCACCCUGCCUGGCCCUGCAUCUUCUCCCUCCUCAUGGGCAUCACCAACGGCUACUUCGGCAGUGUCCCCAUGAUCCUGGCCGCUGGGAAAGUGAGCCCCGAGCAGCGGGAGCUGGCAGGGAACACCAUGACUGUGUCCUACAUGACGGGCUUAACGCUGGGCUCGGCUGUGGCGUAUUUUGCCUACAGCCUUACCAGUACAUCCCACAGUACCUGUUUCUACACAGAGAUCUCCAACGGCUCCUUCACGUCGGGGUACUGAGUCCCGGGGCGGGGUGAGGGGGACAAGAUGGGACCUGCUUCCCACCAUGGUCCCCAUCACCCCACUUGGCCCAUGACCCUCCUUGGGGGUGGGGGCCUGGAGCCAGGAAGCUGCCCCAGGAUGGAUAAGGACUGGCAUCCCAAUGGCUGGGACAUUCCCAAACAGCCUGUACUGCCUAGCCAGGGCCGCUUCUUGGGGUGACAUUCCUCCCCCACCCAGGGACAGUCCCUUUGCCCUUGGGGGCUUGCCCAUCAGUGAUGUGCAGCUGUCCAGUGGAGGCAAGGGACAGGCCUUCUGUUUGAGUCAAGCCAUUGCCAGGAGGAAGAAAAUACUGCCAAAUCCCAAAGGGAACAGGAGCAGCGCUGGGGAGGAGGGUGAGGAAAGGCUGGUGAGGAAGAGGAGGAGCAAGAGCAGACGGAAAUGCUCCUUCAGACCCUGGUGGCUUUUGGAAGGUGGGUCUUGACUUUCAGUGAUGGUGCUGCAGGUGUUCACCGAGAACGGAUUGAAAUCAUGCAGCCUCCCCAAACAUGCCGAUUGCUGUGUAAAAUACCCAAUUCACUUCUGCUAGUUGGAAAAGGUUGGUUUGUGGGUUUUUUAUUUUCGGUUGUGUCUUUGCUUUGCCCCCUCCCCAGCUGUGAGAGGGGCAGGGUCUUACCUCUCCCACCCCACCCUGUGGGUCUGCCCCAUAGCAACAGGGCAGAGGCCACUGCUGAGCUGCAGGAUUUCGUGCAAGGGACUUAAAAGUACUUUUAAGUGUGGACUUUGAGUACUUAAAAGGGGCAUGUAAGAAAGAUGAGGACAGACUUUUUUUGCAGGGCCUGUUGCAAUAGGACAAGGGGUGAUGGUUUUAAACUAAAAGAGGGGAGAUUCAGGCUAAACAGCAGGAAGAAAUUUUUUAUAAUGGUGGUGAGAGCCUGGCCCAUGUUGGCCAGAGAGGUGGUAGAUGAACCAUCCCUGGAGACAUCCCAGGCCAUGCUGGACGGGGCUCUGAGCAACCUGAGCUGGUGAAGAUGUCCCUGCUCAUGGCAGGGGGGGCACUGGAUGCCUGUGAAGGUCCCUCGAACCCAAACUACUCUAUGAUUCUGUGAUUCUAAAUGAAGUUGAUGCCAGAUUGUCUUUGCCUGAUCGUGAGCUUUGCCACUGGCGCCACAGGCUGGGCUGGCAAACACAGGGCGCUGCCUGCCCUGGGGGGCUCGCGGUGCCUCUUGUGCUGCUCCCCUUCCCCAGCGUACCCUCUGUCACCUGGGGCAGCCGGACUUGCCCCCGGGUCACACCAAACCCCUGCAACCUGCUGCCAAAACAAGACCUGCGCUGGAUGAACGGGCUGAGCAGAGCAGGAUCUCCAGAAGGUGCCACCACCAGAGGUUGCUGCUUAUUUUUGGGACCAGUGGCACCUCGCUGUGCCAGGAGUCGGCGACCGUCACCUCCCAAGGACGCGAAGCCCAAGGGCUGGAGAUGGCAGGAGCAGGAGCUCCAGGCCCAGCACCCCCACCAGCACCGCAGAUCUCACCCAGCCAAGCCCCAGCCUGGGUGAGGUGCAGCUCAUAGCAAAAUGAGCAAAUCCAGCAUUUCAAGCCCCAAAAUGUCAUUCUGGGAGGGGUACAAGAGUCGCUGUGACUGUGGCUGCAGGGGAAUAAUGUGCAGCUCCUGCCCCACAGGCCCCGGUGAGUGGACAGUGCCCUGCUCCAGGGCCCCAGCCUGUCCCUUGGUGCCACCUCGCAGGGGGACAGACAGACAGACGCUUCCCAGAGAGUGAUACAGCGCCUGGGUCGGGUCUUUUCCCAAACACGAGGUGGGCGCUGAGCCAAAAACUGAUCAUUGCCACCGAGGGGAGCAAAACCUCGCAGUCAGGACAAGCGAGACAAAGAAAGAUGCAGCGUUGAGUUGAGCUUUUUUUUUUUCAAUUAAUUUUCUUUUUUUUUUUUUAUGAAAAAAGAUCACACGGAGUUCUCCAACAAACAGAAUGCCAAAAAAAUUGUCUUAAACAAAACAGAAACAAAACAAAACAACAAAAAAAAAAGACAAAAACCUGGCUCUCCUUUCCUCUCGAUUGUCUGAAAUAUCCUUGUGUUCCAUAGAAGGCAGUGGGUUUUAAGUGCUUUCUAUUUAACAUUAGCAUAAAAUCUCUCUCUCGCGCGCUCUCUCUCGCUCUUUAAAAUAUGCUCACACAAUUUGCUUCUAGACGUACAGUACACUUCGAGCGUGGGGGGUGUGCCUGUUCCCAGAUCAUUUACAAUCACAAUCCAACAGGAAAUAAAAAAUAAUAUUCUAAACGUCA